GGAAAAAUGAAAAACGUUGCUAUACGAUUCGGUCUGGCCUUAAAAGGACAACAUUUGUACUUCCAAAAGAACCUGUGAUUGAUGAAAUAGUGAUUGAAGAAUAUAAUGACAAAAGAAGCAAUGGAUUAGUAGAUAUCAGAAAUGAACACAACGAAGAACAUAUACCUGAUAUUCAAAUAGUGGAUGAAGAUCCAGAAGGUUACAGACGCAAAUUCGAUUGUAUUGAUAAAACCAUUAAAAGUGAAGUUAUAAAUAUGAAAUUUGAUGAAUUGAAUCAAAAGAAUGAA